AUGUACAAGGUUCUUACUACUAUCCUUCUUGUUUUUAUUGGAGUAUCGAGUGCUACUCGUUCAUUUAAUACUCCAUCAAAUAAUUUACAACGUCUUACAUCUGAUCACCGAGAUAAAAACGUUGGUGUUGAUCUUUGUCCAACAUGUAUCGAUGAAGCUGUCUCUGCAAUCAAUGUCAUACUCAAUGUCAUUCUUGAUGAAGGAAUUUUAGGAACUUGUGGAGAUUUAUGUGGUAUUGUUGCUAAUAAAACAUCAAAAUUUGUUGGUGAAGUAUGUGAUAUAGCAUGUGAUGCUGUUGGUCUUGAUGAAUUUAUUCGUUUAAUUAUUACUGUUGAUCUUGAUCCAAUUUGGUAUUGUGAAAUGGCUAAAAUGUGUGAAAUUAACGAUAGCGGUGAUGCCAAAUUCACAAAUUUUGGUGUUUAUCCAAAUACCGGUCCACAAGGUACAACAUUUGUUAUUGAUUGUUCAUACAAAACAAUAAAUGGAACUGGUACAAGUAUGUUAACUCUUAAUAUUGUUGAUUCUCACAAUGAAACAAGUGGUAAUGAUUUUCUGGUUGAAGCAAAAAAACCUGGUACAUAUCCUGAAAAGAUUGCUCUUAAAACUGUAAGCGCUUGGAACUGUGAUCCAGUAAAAGGAGUUUGUGAUGAUUUUCCAGUCGGUACUUACAAUGUCACUGCACUAUUAUGUAAUGGAGAAUGUGGUUCACAUCAUCCUCAUUCAGGCACAUAUGAUGUCGGUCAAGCUCAAUUUACUGUUACAAAAAAGAAAUAA